AUGGAAGAUAUCAAGAUUUCUGGUCAAUGCGAAUGCAAAGCAGACCGUAGUGGAAGAAAAUGUGAUCAAUGCAAGAAAUUCUAUUAUGGAGACCCUCGGAAGCCAGACGGUUGCAUGCCUUGCGAUUGUGAUUCUUAUGGCUCGUUGGGUGCCCUUUGCGAUCCAAUUACCGGCCAAUGUCCUUGCAGCCGUAGCGUAGCUGGCCGAAGAUGCGACAAGUGUGAUAGAGGGACUCGUGGCCGUUUGCCCCAUUGUGAACCGUGUGGUCAGUGUUGGACAGACUGGGACACAGCUCUAAACAAGGUCUCAGGUGAGGCAUGGUUGUUGGAUGAGGCAUCGCUAUAA